UCACAAAAGCCAAAUCGACGCGCUAAGAAGAAUUCAAAGUCAAGUCGACGCGCUAAGAAGAAUUCAAAGUCAAGUCGACGCGCUAAGAAGAAUUCAAAGUCAAGUCGACGCGCUAAGAAGAAUUCAAAGUCAAGUCGACGCGCUAAGAAGAAUUCAAAGUCAAGUCGACGCGCUAAGAAGAAUUCAAAGUCAAGUCGACGCGCUAAGAAGAAUUCAAAGUCAAGUCGAUGCGCUAAGAAGAAUUCAAAGUCAAGUCGACGCGCUAAGAAGAAUUCAAAGUCAAAAUUCAAAGUCAAGUCGCUAAGAAGAAUUCAAAGUCAAGUCGACGCGCUAAGAAGAAUUCAAAGUCAAGUCGCUAAGAAGAAUUCAAAGUCAAGUCGAUGCGCUAAGAAGAAUUCAAAGUCAAGUCGAUGCGCUAAGAAGAAUUCAAAGUCAAGUCGAUGCGCUAAGAAGAAUUCAAAGUCAAGUCGAUGCGCUAAGAAGAAUUCAAAGUCAAGUCGAUGCGCUAAGAAGAAUUCAAAGUCAAGUCGACGCGCUAAGAAGAAUUAACCUAUUUCUUAGUAUUCCAGACAGGAUUGUGAUUGGUAUUGUGUUAUUUACUCCUUUCCCUGUAAAGGAAAUGUGGCCAUAAAAUGGUCUGACAAUUAGGGAUGUCGGCCGUGCGAAGUGGAGACGAAAAUCAAGCUUCGACGCCGCUGAGGAAGCAGCCAGGAAAACGCUCAGAUGAGAGACAGAGAUAGUGCAAUUUCGAAUAUAAAUCAUCCAUCGAUCAUAAUAAUAAAUCAAAAGAAAACUGUUGGGUUAUGAUACAACUAAGUCACGGGCUUUAAUACCGAUUCCACACUAUCGCCGAACUCUGA